CUCGUGACGUCAUCCUACUCCCAGUUCCGUAACAAUAUGGCGGCAUCCAUGACAGCCCGUGCUGCAACGAGAGGACUCGGUGCAGCCACGUCAAAGCACCUACUUCUUAACAAGCUGAAGCUUCAACGCAAUUGGCUGAGUCCUAAACGAUGGCUGAAUCUUCAAGAGUACCAGAGCAAAAAAUUGAUGCAAGACUGCGGCGUUGCUGUCCAACGCUUCUUUGUAGCCGACACGGCCUCCGAGGCCUUGGAAGCUGCCAAGAGAUUAGAUGCCAAAGAGAUUGUGCUAAAAGCUCAGAUUCUGGCUGGUGGGAGAGGCAAAGGUGUGUUUGACAGCGGCCUCAAAGGCGGAGUACAUCUAACCAAGGACCCCGCAGUUGUCGGUGAGCUGGCUAAUAAGAUGCUGGGUUUCAAUCUGACCACCAAGCAGACGCCGAAAGAUGGAGUGAAAGUGAAAACGGUGAUGGUUGCAGAGGCCUUGGACAUAACCAGGGAGACCUACUUUGCUAUUCUAAUGGAUCGCUCCUGUAACGGUCCCGUUAUGGUUGGAAGUCCCCAGGGAGGUGUGGAUAUUGAGGAAGUAGCAGCUAGCACACCAGAACUCAUUUUUAAGGAAGUCAUAGAUAUAUUUGAAGGUGUACAGGACGACCAGGCAAUUCGCAUGGCAGCUAAUUUGGGCUUCAAAGGACCUCUGCAGAGACAGGCAGCAGAUCAGAUUAAGAGGCUCUAUGAUCUCUUCUUGAAAGUCGACGCCACUCAAGUUGAAGUCAACCCUCUCGGAGAGACUCCUGAAGGACAAGUGGUGUGCUUCGAUGCUAAGAUCAACUUUGACGACAAUGCCGAGUUCCGUCAAAAGGCUGUCUUUGCCAUGGAUGACAUGACUGAGAGUGACCCCACAGAGAUGGAAGCAGCCAAGUGGGAUCUCAAAUAUAUCGGUCUGGAUGGCAACAUUGCCUGCUUUGUGAAUGGAGCUGGAUUAGCCAUGGCCACAUGUGACAUCAUUGACCUGCAUGGAGGAAAGCCAGCCAACUUCCUGGAUCUCGGAGGAGGAGUCAAAGAGAGGCAGGUGUACGAGGCCUUCAAGCUUCUUACAGCUGACCCCAAGGUUGAGGCCAUCCUGGUCAACAUCUUUGGUGGAAUCGUCAACUGCGCGAUUAUUGCCAACGGUAUCACCAAGGCCUGUCGAGAGCUGGAACUUAAGGUGCCUCUGGUGGUCAGGCUUGAAGGGACCAACGUGACCGAGGCCAAGAGGAUCCUGAGCGAGAGCGGCCUGCCCAUCACGGCCGCGGACAAUCUGGACGACGCUGCCAAGAAAGCAGUGGCCGCCAUCAAGAAGUAGAAGAGUGCCAUUUAUCUUCCGCAGCAACCUCCAGGUGGCCUUAGUAUCCGCGCGCGUUCCGUUCCGGUCGCAGAGCUGACCUCAGGCCAGAAGCUUUUUUUUUUUAAGUACAGCUGUCAUUAGCACUACAGAUCGUCAGCUAUUGAGCCAAUCGUUUCUCCUCCCUCAUGUGCCAAUGUUGCCUGUUUGCACCUAUCUGUUUUCUACUUUAAGUGUCGUUGAAUAUUUCUCACUUUUCAUUUACACAUCGGUAUCAACACACGGUGAAGAUUACAACCACAGAUUAGACCGAGCCCAAACACUUUUACCGUUCCGUUUUUUGUGUUGCUCUCCUUUUGUCACGCUGUCACCCUUUCAUGUGCAUUUGAUUAGAUUUGUGCUUUUUAUGAAGAUGCAUUGCCAAGCCUUGAAUAAUAAGUCACCUUAUCUUUGAAAGGGCUCAGAGGCGGCCUAUCGCACUGCCAUAAUUUCAUGCCGCUUGACUUUAGCAAAGACAACGCUAACUGCCAACGCUAAAUCAUUCUUGAUUCUUUUUGUCCCCAUCAGUGCAUCCAUCUAAUAAUGCCUUAUCUCUGUCGCUCACAACAAGUAUAUAAAACUCAAGUGCUGUGAAUUUUUUACGUCAGGUAAUAUUUGAGGAUUUGUUCUUCACAAAAUAUUCAAUGAAGUCUGUACUAUUGUUAUUUGUGGCAGUUUGACCAUUUGGAACACAAUUACAAAUUCAUUGUUUGAUCAAUUUUUAGUCUGAUUGUGCGGUCGAAAUAAAAUCAAAAUGGUUCCAGA